AUGCCAUGUGAACCCCCAGGAGAAGAGCAUUCUAAAGGGAAGGUACAGCAAUGCAAAGGUCAGUUCAAGGAGCUGCAAAAAGUCCUGCAAACUCCAGUUUGGCUGGAGUGCAAAGAUCAGGAAGAUGUUGAUCCUCAAAAGGUUGCAUUUCUUCUGCAUAAACAAUGGACUUUAUAUAGUUUAACUCCCCUACAUAAAUUCUCCUACACUAAUCUCAAAGAGUAUUCUAGACUUCUGAGUGCAUUUAUUGCUGCUGAAAAGCAAAAAGGACUUGCUGUGGAAGUGGGAGAAGACUUCAACAUCAAAGUGAUUUUCUCUACCCUCCUAGGAAUAAAAGGAACACAAAGGGACCCUGAAGCAUUUCUUGUCCAGAUUCUGUCAAAAUCUCAGUUGUCAUCUGAGAACAGAGAAGGCAAAGUGUUGUGGACUGGUUGGUUCUGCUGUAUAUUUGGAGACAGUCUUCUGGAGACUGUUUCAGAAGAUUUCACCUGUCUACCUUUAUUCCUUGCAAAUGGAGCAGAGUCUAAUACAGCCAUAAUUGGAACUUGGUUUCAGAAAACCUUUGACUGUUAUUUCAGUCCUUUAGUGAUCAAUGCGUUUAAUCUUUCCUGGAUGGCUGCUAUGUGGACUGCAUGCAAAAUGGACCAUUAUGUGGCUGCUACUGAAUUUCUUUGGUCUGUACCUUGCAGCCCUCAAAGUCUGGACAUUUCUUAUGCAAUACAUCCAGAGGAUGCAAAAGCUUUGUGGGACAGUGUCCACAAAACACCUGGGGAGGUUACCCAGGAGGAGGUUGACUUGUUCAUGGACUGCCUUUAUUCACAUUUCCAUAGGCAUUUCAAAAUUCAUUUAUCAGCCACAAGAUUGGUUCGUGUUUCAACGUCUGUAGCUUCAGCACAUACUGAUGGAAAAAUAAAGAUUCUGUGUCAUAAAUAUCUUACUGGAGUGUUGGCAUACUUGACAGAACUGGCCAUUUUUCAAAUUGAGUGAGGCCUCGUGUGGACUAUAGGUUGUGGAUUAUAUACCCUUUUCUCAUUGAUUGUCUAAUUGCUAUGCUCAGAGGGAAUGCAGGAGAAUGGGCAUCUAUCUUUCCUUAUAGUGCCUUUGGAGUUGCCCAGAUGGAAGCCAAGAAGGAUCAAAAGAAACAAAGAAUGUGGUAGUGGAUGAAUCACAGCCAGUUGCUUGUAUACUAGUCAUGAUGAUCUGGGAUGCCAGUCUAGAAAAUGCUGAGUUGUUAAUUUGUUGGUCAUCUUCUAAAAAUAUAUAUGUUUAUUAUGUUGAACUUUUAGGAUUUAAAUGAGAUGUAUUUAAUAAGGGUAUUUCUUAUUUGGGUCUUUAUAUCCUUUAAUUCUUUUAAGCAUUUUAGACUUGUAUUCAGGGAGAAUUUCUGUCUUCUAAAGACAUUUUUGCUGUAGAUAACUGGCAAUCAAAAUCUCUCAGAAAGAAACUAAAUAUACAAUUUUUUAAGCUGCUAAUGUUUCUGUUUUUAAUACUGUUCAAUUCCUAUUCCAAAAUUGAUUAAAUAUUCACUUUUAGAAUGAAGCAGUGUGUUUAUCAAUGUUUUUUU